UCACUAGCACUAUUAUAAGAGGACAUUCCAAAAGCACAAGUUCAUGUUCAUGGUAGCUUUCAUGGUUUUAUAAGUUGUCCGUGAAUUCUAGUUACCUACUUGUUAAAAAUUUUAUGCACUAAAAGAACAAAAUUCGUGGUUCCGUGGAGGUCAUUGCAAUGGCAAGCUCGUAUGUCAGUAAUUCAGUAUUUUCUGAGUACCUACAAUAAAGAUAGAAUAUACACGAACUGAAGAACAAAUUACAUUUUUACGUAAAGACAUUAGGUACUGAUAGUAUCACCGGUAUAAAAACAAUUUUCGCUACAGAAACUAUCAAUCCAGAAGACAAUUUCUAGUUGUGGUUGACUGAAAAUUUAAAAAAAAAUGGUUGGACCGUAUUAAGUAUAGGGAAAUACUUUCAACAUUUCUAAAGCAAUGCGUGGCAUUAAUAUUGCUUUAAUUUUUGCAGCAAUCUGUUGCUUGCAAUAUCUUUCUGCUGACGAUGAAGCAUAUUUGCCGUUCAGCAAAGAAGGGUUCGAUCCAAAGACACCGACGCCUAUCAACAUUGAUACCAGUAAAGUGAAAGACAUCAUCACAAAACCUAUGAUACUAACCAUUGGUGUUAAAGAAAAGGUUAUAUUGCAAAAUACUGGAAGUUCAGUGGUAGCAACUUUAGCAUCUCCUUUUACUUCAACCUUUGCAUUUGGUGGGGUGCUUUACCAUAAUGUCUACAUAUACCACGGUCAAAAGUAUUUCUUCUCAAAUAAAACAGGUGGAAUUGCCGGUACUACGGUGGAUGGGACAGGCGGAACUGAACUUGAAGCAUCCGUAGUUUAUAGCCAUGUUAAAUAUGGGUCUUUCGAAAACGCUUUAAAAUAUCGCGACGGUAUAUUCGAAAUUCGUUCUCGUAUAAGAGUGGGCAAAUGUCGUAAAAAUCGUGCAUUUCAAAGAUUUGCGAAAUAUUUGAAAAAAAUUCGUAAGCCUGGAAGUAGUGUAAAAAUGUCAAUCGUUCCGACGUAUUCAUUUUACAAAAGAUUUCCCGAGAAUGUGCAAUAUUACGCUUUUCCCGGAUCAUAUAUUAAUCAAACCUUGGGAAAACAAUUUUACUCUUCCACCACGAUUGUUAAGCCGCUUCUUCAUUACCGGUGCAUAUCAAAGAAACAGUUCGAUACUACAUUUGGAAAGCUGAGAAGCAUUGAAGGAGGAUAUUUGAACACUGCACUUCCACAAAAACCUGCUGGAGAUAGACCCAUCGUGAGCACUAAUAACAUUAAAGAAAUUCCAUUGAAGUUCAGCGUAUUCCCUUCAAUUGGAGGAUACAUUAAAUAAAUAUUACUUACCUACCUAAUUUUUCUGAAAUUCUUACAUAAGUAAUUAAGUAUGUGUAGUACAUGAUUUCGACCAAAUGCUAUGAAGACUUUGUUAUGUUGAACGUAAUCCGGAAAUUCUUUAAGCCCUGCGAGUAGGUAUCUCGUCUUUUCGAAAAAAGAAGUUGCGAUUUUUUUUUAAUUUUUCGAAAUUCUUAUUGACUAAAUAAUUUGAUAUUAUUGCACAUACUUCAAAAUAUUCCUUCAGUUUCAGAAUGUUUUUGCGUUGCUAACGCAUGAUUGGCAUUCAAAAAGAAAUUACUCGUAUGUUCGAAGCACAAAAUUAUCCUAAAAUAAUCGAUUGUAAAAUUCUAAACCACCCCGUACAGUUCUAAAAGUUGUCUUAUUCUAAUAGCAAUAGCUUUAGGUCGACCCAGAAUCUCAAAUAUUCACAAUUUUUUUAUACAUACGUAAGUACAUGGACCAUUUUUUAGAGGCUAUUUGGGUAAGGCGCAAAGGGAAAAUGAUUUUUUUCGAUGGUUUAUGUGUAAGUAUUUCUUUUCUGAGGAUAUUUCCAGGCGAAACAUUUUUUCUGAGUAAUCUUGACUUUCAACUCUUGAGGUCCAUGUGAAAAUUUGAUCAAAAUCUUCUGUUAUUUUUCAAAUUUGUGAUCUACCUACUUUAAGGUAGCAAAAUUGAUACGAAAACACUCGAACAGUCAAAUGGAUUCACGAAGAUCAUUUAAUAUUAUCUAAAUAUAAUACCUACCUAGCAUACUUAUGUUACCUAUCAAAAAAUAAAUUAUUCUUCAAGUA